UGUUUUUCAUUACCAUCUCUGGUUGUGCUCCGCAGCGAGGCGAGUGCAGCAGCCGCUCGGCCACAGCCAUUCUAUCCUGCCUUCAGUGACGGAGAUGAAGGUGUCCACGCCGAAGCGAGUCGACUUCAUAUAAAUUAUCCGCUAUUUCUUUUCAGGGAAGUUGCAAUUAUUUGCAUCUUCUUAUCCCGCUGAAGUCGAGACUUUCAAGAAAUAUCGAAAGAAAGGGGUCUGGUAAGCGUUUUGAUGAUUUAAGGCCUGUUAUCUGCAGCCAAGAGCCCGCUAGUUUCAGGAAAAGGAGCGCAAGGGAGGGAGUCAUUUCCUUCACCGCCAUUUUGUGAUAACAAGGAGCCGAAAACAGAGCCAAGAAUUGCAUGCUGGCUAGAUCAAUUUAAAGCCGUUAGUUUUUUGCGCUGUAUAUUCAUAUAUCAUUAAUUUAGUUUUGUGAGCGGAUGCUGGAUAUCAUUUUUACUGAGACUGAACCAAGGAUAGCUUAAUUUCAGUACUUGCCAUCCAUCGUUGCCGCCUGCCACACCAGCUAACAUAAGGCUAGACAGCUUUUAGUACUGGUAAAACCAAGUAUUUUUGUUCUGUCAGGUAAAUAAAUCUAUCACAAUCCACAAUUGACUUUACUGUAUAAGUUGGAAACCGCACAAUUGUACCGAUUUCGGAAAAUUGUCAUACAGGCUUUACGUACGGCGAAAGAUGAUGCAGGCGCUUUAAAACAUCACACCAAGGUCUGAUAAGUGGUGACUGUCUCUGUCUUUUUCUUCCAGAGGUAACAAUGACCAACGAGGAGCCUCUCCCUAAGAAGGUGAGUUCGUUAACCUGCUUAAUUUCUCACGUCAGACGAGUCCACACAUGUCUGGAUAAGAGCCUAAUGAAGUGUUUCGUUUUUGUUCUCCCUCUGUGCAGGUUCGCCUCAGUGAAUCUGACAUGAAGACCAUGACCAGAGAGGAGCUGUGUACAAGGUAAAUAACAGCGAUAUUACUGCAGGUUAUUCAUUUUUAGGGAGAACUUGAUGCACACACCAGCAUGAUCAUUAUGAACACCUAGACAAUCAGAUGCAAUGCAAUACAACAGCGCUAACACAACUUUUGGAAAGCUUUUGGAGUUUAGGGUUUUGUUGACAUGAUCAGAAAGGUGAUUAUUGUACUUUAUUGUUAUUGAUUAUUAGUAGAAGUGGGUGGAGUGGUACUGGCAUGUAGAGCAGUUAUCACCUCUCUGCCCAUGCCAACAAAAAACAAAAAUGUUGAAGAGUACAACUGAUGUUGUAUUGGGUUGCAUUAGAUAGGUGUUCAUAGUCUUCUAGCUUGUCAUUGUAUAUUAGUUGAGCUGCUAAUGUUUACACAAGCUUUGCUCCUCUCAGAUGGAAACAGCAUGAAGCAUAUGUCCAGGUCCUGGAGGCAAAAUAUGCCGAGCUAUGUUGUAAGUACAUCUGCUCUUACAUCAGUGUAAUCCAAUGCAACACGGUGGACAUGAUUUCUACUGCCAGCAUUAAUCAUUACUCUCUACACACUAUAUUUGGCAGCUUAUGAAAGGGAUGUUUCUUCUAAUGCACUUUGUCAUCUCUCUCCCUCUCUCUCCCACCGUCUCAGCCAAUGAUGUAACAGGGCUGAAGGAGUCGGAGGAAAAGCUCAAGCAGCAGCAGCAAGAGUCUGCGCGCCGGGAGAACAUCUUGGUCAUGCGACUUGCCACCAAGGAGCAGGAAAUGCAGGAGUGCACAGUAAGUGUUUGUUCCCCCACUCUCUUAAUGCUCAGAUAUGAUUGUGAAAAAGUUCCAUCAUGGGCUUUUUUCACAAUCUUUCAAAAGAUGAUUUCUGCUCCUGGUAUGAUAGAAGAAGCUGUGCUGUCAUUUUUUAACUCUCACUGGUUUGUGGCUGGAGCUGACCUCUUUUACUUUGUUUGAUUGUUGGAUUUCUUUUGUAAGAAUAUUGACAAAUGCUUAAAGGUUAUCUGUGUAUACAAACAGACUCUAGUAACCUGUACUUGAUUUUAUGAUGCAGCAAAAAAAACAGUUAUUUAUGAAAGCGGUUGUUAGCUAAUUAUCUCACUUUUGACUGAUCGUGAGGGAGACAGUCUCUCAGCACUACUGCUACACUGUCCAUCCAUUCCUUCCGGUAUAAUGUAGGCUAAAGGUAAAUAGGGCCAAGAAGGGCAUCCUUUGCUCUUAUCAGACUGACAGCUCAGUGGAUCACCUAGUGGCUUUACAACAACACGCACCAUUUUGACAGGGCAGAUAAGGUGAACACAGCACACACACACUGCCAGGUAGAUAUUAAACUGUCACUUUUAUUUCAACAACUCGGCUUCACAAAGUCGUAGAGCUGGGUUUGGACUGGACUUUGUAGAUGGCUGUCAUGUUUUCAGGUGUAUAGGACUCUCAUGCAAAUAUAUUCAAAUAAGUCAGAUAUGUAAAGUUUGAGGUGGGCAUGAAUUUCCCCUCAUGCAGGUGAGUUUUUGUGAUAAAUUUGAACUUUUUGAAGGUAGAAUCCUCAGCUCUCCUAGAAAGCGGCUUUGAUUUUUAGUAGGUUUUACAGUAGAUUUGAGGUGAUGUAGGAUUUGAUCUUAAAGUUGUUAGUAAUCAAGCCAUCCAGUUACUUACUCUAUCAGAAACCAAACCUGAAAGCUGUUAAACUUUUACACUUUUUGAAAAGCAAGCCAGCAGAAAUUGCACACAAGUUUCCUCCAGUGCUCUUUAGAGGCUCUUUUGUUUCUUGAAAGGCUCAAGAUUUAAAAAAAAAAGAUAAUAUUGAAAUAUAGAUGACUUUCAACUUAAGCAUUUAAUGUAAUUACAGUAUCACUGCUGUUGUGACUCUACUAGUUUAGUAGACAGGUAGUGUCCUUUGCCAGUCAUUAACACUAAUUUGUUUUAUCCUGCAGACCCAGAUCCAGUACCUCAAGCAAGUCCAGCAGCCGAGUGCAGCCCAACUGCGGUCAUCCAUGGUGGACCCGGCCAUCAACUUGUUUUUCCUCAAAAUGAAGGCUGAACUAGAACAGACUAAAGACAAACUGGAGCAGGCCCAAAAUGAACUGAGUGCCUGGAAAUUUACACCUGAUAGGUAAAGACAAUCAAAAUAACCCCCUCCCUCCAAAAAAAAGUCAAGACUUCCUCAUGCCCCCCCACCCUCACGCUCACUGCAGGCAUGCAGGAACAAUGGUGGGGGGAAGGCUGACAAAAUGCUGUACUCACCACGAGACUCAGACGUUACAGAAAGCUGUUUUUGUACUCUUGCACUGUGCCAGCUACAUAUCACAUAACCUAAAGAGAAAAGACAGUAUGGUCAGGUGACACUUGUGUUUCAGCUCUCUCCCCUCGUUUCCCCUCACCGUCCAAGGGCCUGAAGGAGUCCGGACUGAUCCUGAAGAGGUGGUCACUCACUGCCCAACACGGAUAUGCCCUCCCCGCACCCUCAGCCCAAAGCAGACAGUUGACUUUAUUAAAUGGGGGGGUUACGGUGGAGGGUGAGUCAGGCAGGGAGCUUCCCUAGCCUAAAACAGCAAUUGAACACUUUAAAGACUAUACCAGUACUUGUUUUAUAAAGACAUUAACGGUGGAUUACACCACACACAUACCCCUCUAGCCUGCCUGAGAAACGUACAGACUUCCUGGACAGUUUAGAUACAUUGCAGUAACAUGAGGAAAGCGUCUAGGUUUUAAAAGUAAGACUUUGGGGCAAAGAGACUCUAGAAAUGGUGUUCAGACUGUGGGCGGAGCCAGAUCCUCAGUCCACAGAGGGCUGUGACUGAGUCACCAGGGUCCUGUCGUCCGUGUCUUUGAGCACGGACCCACUCACGGUAGAGUGUAUUUACAUGUUUUAUUUUGUGACAUUUCUUUUUUUAUUGGCAUUUUCAUUUGAUCUUUUCUCUUGUUUCUCUAAAACUAACACUUACUGCAGUGUGUUUGAACCAAGACGCAUGAUUCCCUGAGAUUGUUGACACUUGUAUGACUAUUUGCACUUGAAUGAGGAGUUAAGCUGUGCUUAAUUCUUCAGAGACAAACUGAAACACACUGCUGUAGGUGCACUGAGUCCUGUUUUCAAGUUGUGAAUGCAAAUGUCUUUUUAAGAGUCAUGUUAUGAGAUGAUGAAAUUGUAUUGAUUGUAUUUCUGUGUAUUUUUGUCAUUGACCUCACAAUCUUUCCUUUAGCCAUCCGAGUUCAUUAAUGAUGAGACUUACUCACUUGUGUGGCGCUGAUCUCCUGCCACUGUUUUGAAAAUGACAAACACGCCAAACUGGCUCUAUGAUUUUGUGUUUUGAAACUGGGCCUCUCACAGUGAAGUCCGAUUUAGCUGUGAGUGUUUACCUGCAGCUGUUUGGGAGCUUAAAGCAGCUCUUCUGAAUUACUGCUCUACUUAGAGGCGACCAGCUCAAUGAUAAAUAAUGCAUGGCUGCAGUUUUUAAUUACAACAAGCAGAAUUACAUGCAUGGUCUUUGAUCACUUUUUGAAACUGUUGCCACUUGAAUGUUUACUCCUGCUUUGAUCGAUACUGUUACUCAGACAUUUUACUGUUACGGUUUGAUUUUCCCAGACUAAUGGACCUUUACAUACAUUUACACACCGGGUAUUAAGAUCGUGGUUGAUUAAUUUUAAGAUUAAUGUGUUCUCCUGCUAAUUGUUUUAAAAGUAGGCUUUUAUACAUGAGGAGUUUUGUGCUGUAUUAACACAACAACUUUUAAAUAUCAAAGCAACAGGUGGGCUCAACUAUAGAAGAGGAUUUGAGAGUUUCUGCUUUUCCAGUUGAACAUUUGCUCGUAAAGCGACAGUGCAGGUUUCCUGUUUUGACACAUAGUUGUCAUAGCUAAGGGCUGCUGUUCAUUUUUACCAUUUUCUGAUUGGUUGUCAUUUUAACUAUAACCUAUUUCAUUGUGCUUUUCCACAAACUCAGGAAUGUUGCUUUUGCUGAUAUUGGAGAAUUUUGGUAGUGCCACAAUCGCUGCUGUAUUUCUCUGAAGUGCUCACUUUAAACCUGUUUUGAUAGGCUGUGACAGAGAAAUGAAUGCAUGAGGUCCAUGGAAAAGUUUUAGGAGUUUUUGAAGCCCUCAGAGUUUCAGAAUUUAGCCAUAACUUAACUUGUAACUUAAUCAGCAAAAAUGUUAGUAAUUUGAUCUGUAAGAAAAACACAGCUUGCUGAUUUGUGCAGAGAAGGUAAUUCAAUGGCUUCCUGAUAUUGUAUGUUGCACUAAGAUCAAAGGGAUGUAAUGGAAAUCCUUAAAGUUGAGGAAAAGCCAACUGAAGAGACAUUUGGGACCCCCAGCUGGUGGAUCAGCCAGUUAGGGCAGAUUAGGAGCAUAUUUUAACAUUUACUUUGUAAGUGGCCUGGUUCACUGUGUGAUGUGAGACUUGUUUCCCUUACAGCCAAACGGGGAAGAAACUGAUGGCCAAGUGUCGGAUGCUGAUUCAGGAAAACCAGGAGUUGGGUCGACAGUUGUCCCAGGGUCGCAUCGCCCAGCUGGAGGCGGAGUUGGCCCUGCAGAAGAAGUACAGUGAGGAGCUGAAGAGCAGCCAAGAUGGUGAGAGCAACUUCAUUUCCUGUGAUGUACUCGAGUGUUGCUCCUCUCAUGUGUCUCUCUGACAUGUUGUUGUUGUUGUUGAUCUGAUGUUUGACGACUGUUUUCUCUGUUCCUGGUGGAUGACUCUCCCAGAGCUGAAUGAUUUUAUCAUCCAGCUUGAUGAGGAAGUAGAGGGGAUGCAGAGCACCAUCCUUGUCCUGCAACAGCAGUUGAAAGACUCACGCCAGCAGCUGACUCAAACUCAGGGGGCCUUGGCUGGAGCAGGACCCAGCAGGACUUCACCCUCAGCCUCCUGUUCAUCUGCAGAACCAUCCACCCAGCCCGAGCAGGCCAGCACAACUCCUGAACCCAUGGGCAAAGACUUCGGGAGGGUCUCCAAUGGACCAAGUAACGGCAACUCAUCCCAGAGGAGCGAGACCACUACACCCAGCCUGUACCGGGAGGUCAGCAGUACAGAGGAAGACUUUCCCAUGUCCCCCAUGGUUUCCAGCCCUGGUGAAGCUGAGAGCAAACUGUCCAACCACUCAGAAGAGGCAUCAGGGAGUCAGACUGCUGCGGGGAGAGUUGGAGGACCUGUGGGUUUUGGGAGCCAGCUGAGUGCAGGGUAUGAGAGCGUGGACUCUCCAACUGGCAGCGAGACCUCAUUGACUCAGCACUCAAAUGACACAGACUCCACCACCGACCCCCAUGAGGACAAGACUGCCCUGGUGACCAAGGGCACCAGGACUGCAGGGUCACGACACACUCAGAACGGCCUAGACUCUGGUACGAGUGACAGCGCAGUUUUGUAAUGUACUUUGACAUGUACUGUCUUUUCUUUUUUUUAUACAGUAUACAAACAAGGCAACAAAUGAAUAGUCUGUGACGCAGCACUGCGGUCCAAGACGUUUGUUUUCACCCACCUCCCCUCGCUCAUUGUGAUGCCUCAGUCACGUUUGUGUUGCUAAACAAGGAUAUAACAGGAAAGGGUUAAUGUUAGAUUUGAACUGAGUGGAUGUAUGAUUUAAAAGUAGUACGUUUCAUUCUGCUGUUAAUUUGAGCAUGUUAAUGCCGUUCUCGUUUGACACUGAAAUCAGGCAUCUGGUGUUGUAACUCAUCGUCAAGUCAGUAAAAUCACUGAACUACAGUAGCUUCGCAAAAUUCAAAAGGUCAUUUUUAGAUGUUGGCCUGUGUUGUUUUUUUUUUUUUUUAAUUUUAAUGCAAUUUUAAUUUUUCAUUGACAGAAAUUUUGUUCAAAAGAUUCAGUUGAAUUGUGAGUAGUUUCUAUGCGAUGUUCAUAUUAUUCUGACUUCAGUCCUUUUCAUGUACUGACCAAAUACCAAUAAAGAUUUUUAAUACUACAGGGUGAAACUCCUCCUUUCCACCUGACAGUGCACCAAAAAACACUUGUUCAACCAACUGAAUCAACUGAGGCAUAAAUAUUUCAAAUGCUUUAACUAUAAUAUUAGGUGUGUAUUCUGUCAAAUAAAGGUACUUUUUCCUAAUCUCAAA